AUGUCUGAAAGUGCUAAUUUAAUGCCAUUCGUCUGUAAAUUGUUAGGUACUCAUUCAAAUCCACAACAUUUUGAAACGGAGGAGAAACUUAGAAACCAUAUUAUUCAACAUGACAUCAAUUCUUGCAAAAGAUCAAUUUCAGGAGAUCUAAUUUAUAUAUGUUCGUGGAAAGGUUGCUAUAAAUAUCAAAGUAGUAUUAUUGAACUAAAAGAGCAUUUACUUCAAUACACCCAACAAAAACCAUUCAAGUGCCCAAUUUGCAAUCGUUUGCGAUUUUGUUCUCCUGAUGCACUUAGUCAACACUUGAUUAUGAAUCAUAAAGAAAGCGUUGUGGACUUUGAUACCGAUGAUGAAAAUGAAAAAUUGAAUUUAGGAAAAGUCAAAGAUAAAAACGAUGUUUGUGAGAAGAAAGAGGUCAGCAAAGAUGAAAAAAGUGAAAUAAUACCAAUAAUUAAUACCAAAAAAUUAUCUUAUCGUGAUGUUCUUGUUAAAGGAAGAGUCAAUGAAAAUAAAAACACGGAGAAUGAACAUGAAAAGGUCGUGGUCGAUUUAUCUUAUCAAGAUGUUCUCAUUAAAGGAAGAAUCAUGUGGGAUUUAAUAGAUAAAGGGUUCGAAAUUAUCUCAUUAUUACCGGAGAGCCCAAUUAGUGAAUAUAAUUAUGAUAAUGACGAUAAUUUACCCAUUGCGCCACGUGGGGAGAAAAAAUUGACUGAGAUCGAAGCGGACGAAUUUACGUUGAAGGCAAUUUGUAGAUUUUACAAAGAUUCAGAAGCUGGCGAAUAUUUUACUAAAGCCUUAGAAAUGAUGGAAGACAAAUCUUGA